UAUAAUCCAACGAACGCACUCGUCUGCUACUCGUCGCAUCGAUUCUUCCCGCGCUGUGUUCAUAAAAAAAAGAAGAGGAGAAAAAUGAUUCGUCAUCUAUGUUCUCGCGAAGCAGAUAUAAUCGCUCUAUCCCAGGCGAUAACGCGCAUUGUAAGCUCGACGAGAUAUGAGGCGAGUCGUAAUAUUUGGCAGCACGGGGACCACUGGGCUAUGCUCUCUGAGAACCGCCGUGGAAAAGGGUCUAGAGGUGAAAGCUUUCGUAAGAGACAAGACUAAGAUACCUGAAGAUCUUAAAGAUAAAGUUGAAGCAGUUGUUGGAGAUGUCACUAAUGCGGAAGACGUUGCAAAUGCUGUAGCUGGAACAGAUGCUGUCGUGGUAGUACUUGGUACCAGGAGAAGCUUGAGCCCUACUACUGCACUAUCCCAAGGAAUGCAGAAUAUAAUAGAUGCCAUGAAAGCACAUAAUGUUGAGCUCAUCUCUGUAUGUCUGUCAGAGUUUUUGUUUCAUGAUUUUGAGAAAACGCCUGCCAUAUAUAAAAAUGUGACUAAAGAACAUCAGCGUAUGUAUGAUAUAACCAAAUCAAGUGGCUUAAAGUGGGUGGCGAUAUUUCCACCGUAUAUCGGAUAUGAAGCACCAAAGUCCAAGUACACUGUUUUAUUCGAUUCUUCACCUGGACGACAAAUCUCCAAACACGACUUGGGUGAAUGUCUCGUUGAGUGUCUCGAGAAUCCAGAUUAUUACCAAAAGACACUCGGCAUCGCGAACACAUCAUGAUGCAAGAGGGAAUGUAAGGAUACACGAAUAAAAAGAUGCAUUUUUUCUAGUGGAAAAAUAAAUAUAUAUAUAUAUAUAUAUAUUUAUAUCAACUGUUAUUGUGUUUUUGAAAAAUUUGCUAUUUACAUAACCACUUCGUAAUUGCACGAGAUGGAAAAAAACGAGCGUAUUAAUCCUCUACCAAUCUAUUUUUCAUCAUUUACUAUAUUUUUGAUUCAGUUAAACCAAUUGGAUCAUUGGUAUUGUAUAUUUCCAAAAGAUUUUUGGGCUCUAAAAAUAAAAAGAUUCUUGUACAUUCUUUCAAUAUGUAGGAAUGUAAUUAUACAAUUAUACUCGAAACUUGUUCACAA